AUGGGUGAAAAUGUCAAAGAUAAACCGGCGUGGGUACGCAUCAAGCGAUAUGUCUCCCUCUUUUAUGGUAUAUAUAAAGCUAGCUAUACAGAUCCACAUGAUGAUGAUGGUGAAGAAAACGCUUUUGGCAAUGUCACAAGACUAGCAAGAGAACUGACCGAUUUUGGCGUGGAAGACGAAAGCGGUGUACCGUUGGAUACCGGACUGGUUGAUUGGGAGGCUGUGUUUGCAAAUGUGGCUCUAAAGAAAGCAAGUCCUAAUUACCAUGUGCUCAUAGAGAUUUCUUGCAUUCAUUCCCCUGAUGAGCUUUUGGAGCUCUUGGUUGGUUUAGUGAGUGUGUAUAGGUACGAAGGAGAAGAGAUCAAUGUGAGAAUAUACUGGCUGAAACAUCCCGAUGACUUCUUGGUGGCAGUGCGCACGGCGGUUCGGUGCCUGAAUGAUCCCAAAAAGUACUUUGAAGAGAUUAACCAAUUAUGUCAAGCACGGGUCUUGUGCAAUGCAAUCAAGAGGGCUGGGAUGGAUGAGGAUGCACUGAUUCACGUGAUCGUGACUAGGGCGCAGAAGGAACUGAAGGAGAUCAAGGAGGAGUAUUACAAGAAAAGCAGUGUGUCGCUUGACCAAGCAGUGGCCAGGGACACCUCAAGGAAUUGCAAGGCCUUCUUGCUCAUCACUCUCCUGGGCAAGGAAGAGUGA